AUGAAGUUCUUUGUGAAAGCCUCUGAAGUGUUUCAUAACGAGAGCCGCAAAAUCGUGCCUAUCAUUUUAGGACUGAAUCUUUACCAUUACCACAAGAUCAGAUUGGAUCCCUGGGGCAUCUUCCCUGGCACUGGAUCCAGGCUCGCUAUUGCCACAUACACCUGUCAGCAAUGUGGUGUUAAAUGUAUCACGGCGCAAGGCGCGAUAGCUCAUCUCAACAGCAGCAGGUGCAAGCGUGACAGUGUCCUCUGCCUAUCCCCCUUCACCUUCACCCCUGACCCGCUGGUCUUCAAGCUGGUUCUUCUCAUAGGGUUGCCUCCCUGGAAUGCCACCACCAAUGACAUGGACAACCGGAACCCGCUGUUUCGAUGCCUGGCAUGUGUGGAUGACGACAACGACGACUACCUUCUGUACACAUGGCACAAUUGUCUGAAUAUCCAUACUUGGCAUGACAAUGCUUCAUUUGAAGUAGUCACCGGGGCAACGGACAUAGAGGUGCUCGAUCUUAGCACUUGGUCAUGCGCUCAUUGCAACAUUGAUGUCAAUGAUCCAAAAUUUCGAGUAAUCCUUGACACACACCUUUCAACAGCAAUUGAGGAACCCAAAGCACCUAUAGAUCGGUUCUAUUUACCUUCUUAA